UCUUAAAAACAAACCAACAAAUUCCAAAUCAUUAAACAUGUACAAAUCUAUUGCUUGCAUUGCUCUCUUCUGCUUGGCUACUGUCAGCGCUGGUCUCUAUGAAACCCAUCAUCAUGUUGUCCAGGAACCUGUCUUAGCUAAAGUUGGCUCUGUUGUCCAUUCAGCUCCCUCGGCUGUAUCACAUCAAAGUAUUACCCGCUAUCACAACAAGGCUGUUGUUAGUCCUGUCUUAACUCCCGUGGUCAAGACUACUGUUCAUGCAGCCCCUGUCGUAACUGUGGUCAAGAGUGCUCCAGUUGUCCACACUUAUGCUGCUGCUCCUGUUGUACACUCUGUCCAUGCUGCUCCAGUUGUUCAUACCGCUCCUGUUGUGCACAAAACUUUUGUUCCUGCCGCUUACAGUUUCCAUCAUUAAAUUGUUGAAUUGGACAUGGCAGUAUGCUUAAUAAUGUGUUCGUUGUUUAUUUAAAUUAAUUGUACCUAAUAAAUUAUUUUUGGGAAAACUA